AUGGAUAUAUCAUCGAAUAUUAAUUCCUGUACUUUGCAAGUCGUGUGUGUCGAACCACAGAGUAAUACACAAGAACACCACCAAGAACUCCCUUGCAAGGGUCGUGUUUGUACUCGUUGUGGCAAAUGUCGUGAUUGGUACUGGGCUCCUAAUGACGGUUUUUUUAUGGAAGGACGCAAAUAUUAUAGGAAGCGUCCUGACGCAACUUGCACAGGUUGCUGUGGUGGUGUUUAUGAUAGUCGAUAUGACUGUGAUUCUUGUUGUGGUGGUGGUUCCUAUUACCAUUAUUUUUGUGCUUGUUGUUUCUUUGGUCGUCAUUGUGAAUGUGAUGACAACCGUUUACCGGUGUGUACAGUUUAG